GUGCAGGAGCGAGCCAACAGCUCUCCGUACAGCGUGCGCAAUCGGUCUCGCUUCCGGCGCUGCUUGCCGCAAAAAAAACCAACUGCCAAAAGCCACCGGCUGAAGCUAUCGGCGAGGUUUGGUACGCUUUCUUUUUUUUCCCCCGUGUGGUGUGCGGACAUACGAUCGCUUCACGCGCGUUUCUUUUUAACGGGUUGCCUGUUGCCGUCUCCCCAUUUUUCACCGCGCGCUAGCUUUUACCAUUUUACCUCGCCGAGCCAAAGAAGUCACCAGUUUUUGACAGUCGGAGUAUUGCCACCACGAUAUCAUCGUGGCUGUACGCGUGCACCCCAGGUACUGCAAUGUUGCUGCUGCUUGUCUCCACCUGCUGCUGGUGCUACUGAUCGACAGAAACUUUUCUCCAACGGUGCGCGUGUGCGUGUGUUUGUCUGUGUGCCUGUUUUGGGACUGCAGGUUGUGUGGACAGGCUCCCCUUCGCUCCAUUCCAGGCGAUCUCUUGCAGUGGAACCUGACCGAACGUACUUGGUCCCCGUACUUAGUGGUGCAACUAGAUCCGCGGAUCCGGUCAGGUGGUUAAACUCGGUUCACUCGCGGGUUCCGUGGCUCCGUGGCUCGAGACAAAAAAAAAACCUUACUCCACCUGCAAGAGCGAGAGAGAGAGAGUGACAGGUAAACAGAGAAGGAAACACCGAAAGAGAGCGAGAGAGCUGUGAAGAAAGCAAGUGCGAAUACAGCAACAGGGAAGCCCAUAGGCGCGGAGAAGCAGAACGAACGAAGAAAAACCUAGAUGGACCCAUCGACGACGACGACGACGACGCCGACUGCAGCUUCCACAGACCAAGAGCAGCUAGAAAACACGAAGUUCCUCCCGAAAGCAACGGUAUAUGCCGUUGGUACGACGUCCGAUGAGAAUGGCGACCGGGAGGAGAAGAAUGGCGGUGAUGGCGCUAGCGCUAGUACGUGCGUAGUGGAUGGUGGGGUGCCGGGGGAGAUGUGCGACGAUGAGGUGUCUCCCCCUCUACCGGCUGACGGUGGCGAGUGGCAUUCCCACUGCGAACUAGCCGAACCUCAACCAACCGCCGAAGUUGGUGACGAGGAGAUGGAGGAGGAGGAGGAGGAGGAGGAGGCAGCAUUGGCACCGGUGGUGGAGUUGCCGGAGGAUAGCGAGGAGCUGGCAGUGGCCGAGCGGCUGAUGUUUAUAACGGCACUUGCUCCCAGCGGGGAGGAGGGUGUUCCAGCAGCAACAGCAGCAACGGCAGCAGAGAUCAACCAAGUGGCAGAGAACCACAACACUUUGGCCACGAUCGUCAGCGAUCACGGAGCAACCACGAUCAACGGUGCGCAACAGCAGAUCGUGUACAUACACAACGGUGCGUCAACGGCCGUCGACCAGCCAGAGUCGACGUCGUCAACAACGGCGUCCUCAGUGACAACGGCAACACCGUCCCCACUGGUGCACUGUGGCACGUACCCGCACAAUAACGUCGUUCGCAUACAGAUCAUUCCGGUGGAACAGUGUGAGCAGCACCAGCCGACUCAGCCAGCUCCAUUAGGAUCCGGUCCGGUGGAGGACUGCAAUAACAAUAGCGUACGUGGCGUCGGCACGAGUGUUAGUGUAGUGGGUUCAGCCCUGCCCGGGUCCAAGUGUCAGAAUUCGCAGGUUACGGUGGUAUCGUUCGGGGCGAGUGAUAGUGCCGAGUGUACAGGAUCGCCGACAGCGGACAACGAGGAGCAGCAACCGGUAGCGUCCUCGUCCGCACCCGACACCGUCCUUGUGACAGUUACGAUUGAGGACCGAACUCUGGUUAGCGUACCGUCCACAAGCUCACCGGAACCUCUCGACACCAGUAACGCCACCAGCAGCUCUGAGGCGGCUGUUUCACCGCUAGACACCGAACAGGACGCAAUGGUACAGAAGAAGCUGAUAGUGCCGAAGGGCGGUGGUCCAACGUCAGAUGCAACCGAUCUCGAUAGUUCCACGUACGCGUACUACAUGGCGGCAAUGGCGGCCCGGGACGGUCAAUCCCGCGCACCCUCCUCGUCCGCCUCGGGCGGCAGCAGCGGUCAGUGUUCGCCGAGUGACAUGCUCGACAGUGGGACCUGUAGCGAUAUCGAGCUGACGCCGCCACCGCUGCCGAAAAAGAUGUCGCAAAUACUGAAAUCGUCGUGCGCGAUAAAGAAGAGCCUCGGCGCGGACGGUAUCCAUCAACAUCAGCCCGUAUCACCUACACUAACGCCGCCACCAGCCGUUACGACCGCGACCGGUACGGGUACGGUGCUGCGACAGUUUUCGCCGGUUGAUAACGGCACGGAUAGCGUUAUCAAUCAGCAGCAGAGUCACCACCAUCACCAUCACAUCGAGCUUCAGCGGCUUGCGGCACACCAGCACAAGGAAGAACGGAACAGACAGAACGAGCACGGAAAACAUCAAACGCCCGUUGAUUUGACGUCCGACAGUUUCGGCGCACGGCAGCAGCAGCAGCAGCAGCAGCAACAACAACGGCAGCCACCAUCGCAGCUGGGAAGCAUCCUCAUUGCGACCGAUAGUGACGGAUCGGAAUCGUGUUUGAGCUGUGAUUCACUUAACUUUGAGCACCUGUCGAGUUUGCAACCGUUGGCCGAGAUUAACGGACCGAUUAUCGGCACUGAUUCACCGCCCGCCACCGUGGAACGGGACAGUCCGUCAGAUCGAGCGGACCAGGUGUUAGAACCGCCGACGGCGACACAUCCACUGCGACCGAAGCUACCGUCGUAUCUGGCGAGCAAGCGGGACGGUGCCGGUGUCUGCAUCCUGCCCGACUCACUGUUGGCCGCAAUCCGCGGAAGUCGCCCGAAGGUGUACUGUACCGACGACGAGGCGGACGACGACGAUAACGACUCGGUGGAUGGUGACGCGCACCGAAAACAUUUCGCACCGGUAUCGGCCCAGAAUGAAGGGCCCGGUACGCUCGAUCUGAGCAGCCUCGCCGGAGCGGCUGUCACCUCGAACACCUCCAACACCACGGCAACCACACGGUCCAUACUGAUGGACAAGAUCAACAGUCUUGAAUGCGGCAACCGGAUGCACCGGGUCACCGAUCAAACGGACCCAUCAAACAACUACCUCCAGCAUAUGCAUCACCUCACCAUCAACGAUCCGACCGGAAUGACACGGGCCCAGAGCAGCUGUUCGGCCGGCUCCCUCACGACUGAAAGUGUCCGCAGCAAUCAGUUCGAGAGUGAUCGGUAUUACAAGUUUCACAUCAACGAACGUGCCCGAACGGAUGGCAGUGGAGAACCGGGCAGUAGCUCACCAGAAACUACCCCAUCCGUGGUAGAUGACGAUGAAAGCUUCGCCGGGCUGAAGGACCUCAGCAAUGGCACGUCCACAAUCCGCAGCAACAAGGGCACGGUACGGGGCGUUAAGAAUCGGGUACGCAACGGUAUCGCCACCUUUCUGCAGAUGCAGCAGACCGGUCUCAAGAACUACAAAGACAAGGAGGCUGGCAAGGUGGUCGUCUACAGCACGAGCAUGGGCAUCGUCCGGGAAACGUACACGAAGUGUAUGAACGUGAAGCAGAUUCUGCGCACGCUGCUGGUUAAGUUCGAGGAGAAGGACAUCUUCAUGAGCAACGAGUAUCAGCAGGAGAUUAAGGAGCGGAUGCAGGCGGACACGAUCAACAUUCCGCAGGUGUUUGUGGACGGGCAGCAUAUCGGGGAUGCGGAAUGUAUCGAAAGGCUGAACGAAAGUGGUGAGCUUAGGAAAAUGCUGAAACCCUACAAGUGUCUGGAGUCACCGUACAUGUGCAAGGUUUGUGGCGGCUAUCGACUACUCCCGUGUCCGUCCUGCGGUGGUUCGAAGAAAUCGAUCCACCGGAAUCACUUCACCGCCGAAUUUGUCGCUCUCAAGUGCAUGAACUGUGACGAGGUGGGACUGGUCAAGUGUCACAACUGUUGAUGAGCCCGUCGUCGGCAGGCAGGAUGAUGCGGAGGCCGACGCAUACCUCCCCCCCCCCACACACACACACACACACACACACACACCGUUAACCCAUCACACCCUGUUCCUAGAACUAUCGGUUCCAUUCUUUGCUGUUGGAUAGGAUAGUGUGCGGAAGACCGAUGGUGGUCUGAUAUUGGUUUGCUGUUUGUGGUUUUUCUUCCUUUGUUUUUUGGUUUUGUUUUAUCAGUCCCAUCACCACAUUCCACAUUCCGAGAAUCCUACAGUGAGAGAUAUCGAAAGCACAUAAGCUAGCGGUGUCAGUGAUAUAAAGCAAUUUUGUUUGGUUAUGUUUUUGAUAAUGACCUCGAAGGACAUCUAGAUAAAGUGGCGAACCUUAGUACUAGCAACACGGUAUCAAUUUUCUAUGACGUCAUAGCGUUAAGCGAUAGUUUUGCACAGGCUCGCCGCCUGGUUUUGGGGAGUUGUUCUCGCUAGCAGCUAAUAUAUCCGGUUCUUACUUACCUACCUACAUAGCAAGCAUUAUUUAAACUCGUAUGUUUUUUUUUAAGGACGUGGUAUCCUCCUCUGUAUCCAUUUUGGUCGCUAUAUCAAACGGCAGUGCUUUUAAAAUGGCGCCAACUCUCUAGCUAUACAUAUAUAUACAUAUAUAUAUAUAUAUAUAUAUAUAUAUAUAUAUAUAUAUAUAUAUAUAUAUCUCGGACAGCAAGCUCUUCUGUACAUAGUCAUGAUUCAUACUACUAAUAGCUGUGUUUUGCUCAAAUGUGUAAUCCCCUGCGUUAUCGACACCUAAUUAUCGACAUUAUAAUCUUAAAUACUCUACCCUUCUGUGUGUAUAACGUCGGCCGACCAUUCGCGCUGCCCAAAAGCGGGAGGCUGUCGUCGGUCUGGGAAAUCAAAUUUAACAGCAAAAAGGGAUCAUGGAGAUUUAUGGGGUAGCAUAUACCCCCGGGGGGCAGUCAACGCGAAAUGGUAUCACUUUUUGAGAAUAAAAUUUAAACAACUACAAA